GACAGUCUUCUUUCCCUUUUAGACCUGUUUAUUUUUUUGACAUGACACGAUUCAACGGUUGUAUCGAUCUCCAUCACGGCAAAGUCAAGCAAAUUGUGGGUGGCUCACUUUUAGACCACUCUCCCGAUCAACUCACUACGAAUUUUGUGUCCGAAGAAUCGCCUAGUUUUUAUUCUAAGCUUUACAAGGAAAACAAUGUGACACGCUGUCAUGUCAUCAAGUUGGGACCCAACAAUGAUGAAGCAGCAGAAGAGGCAUUAGCAGCUUGGCCCCAGGGACUUCAGGUGGGUGGUGGCAUCAGCCUCGAGAAUGCUCAACACUGGUUAUCACUCGGCGCCUCUAAACUUAUUGUUACGAGCUAUUUAUUCCCCGGUGCUACUUUCUCCAAAGAGAGACUGGUUCAACUUUGUGAGCUUGUAGGCAAAGAUCGAUUGGUAGUAGAUGUCAGUUGUCGUAGAAAGAAUAAUAAGUGGGUGGUUGCCAUGGACAAGUGGCAAAAGAUGACAGAUAUGGAAGUUAACAAAGAAACCCUCGAUAUGCUUAGCCAAUACUGCAGUGAAUUUUUAAUUCAUGCAGCUGACGUAGAAGGUCUUUGUAAUGGGAUCGAUGAAGAUUUGGUUGAACGCCUUGGUGAAUGGGUGACCAUUCCUACUACCUAUGCUGGUGGUGGAAGAUCUAUGGAAGACUUGCGACUUGUAGAUAAAUUAUCCAACGGUAAAGUCGAUUUAACAUUUGGAAGCGCGUUGGAUAUCUUUGGUGGUAAUGGGGUUACUUUUGAAGAGUGUGUUGAAUGGAACAAAACUCAUUAAAUAAAAAAUUUGAAUUGUAACUCA